AUGACAAUUUUCGAUCAAACUUCAAACGACCUCAAGGCAUCACGUCUAGUAAUGCACAAACUCGGCGAAACUUUCACCGAUUUCAAGAUUCGUUCCUUUUCGAUGAUUUCACUAUGCGAGCAAUGGCAGACACUCCAGGGUUCUUUUACUAAAAUCCACAACUCCCUCGAGAAGCGAGUUAAGGAAGUCGAGGCGAAGGAAAGAGAAUGUGAUGUGUCGAAGAACAGGUUACAGAAUAUACUAAAGGAGGUUGAGUUGAGGCAGAAGAAGUUGGACUCUGAUGAGAAGGUGUUGAGUGAGAGAAGUGAGUUUGUAGGGUUGAGAGAAAAGGAGGUGAGAGAGUGGAGGGAGUCUUUGGAGUUGGAGAAGAAGCGGAAUGUUGAGGGUUUCGAGCGGGUUAAGGAAAUGCUGAAGGCGGUCGAGGAGAGGGAGAGGGUUGUUAAGGACAAUGUUGAAGAGAUGGAUUUGAGAGCGAAGGUGAUGAGUGAGCGAGGGGAGGUGUUGGAUGUGAAGGAGAAGGAAUUGGAUGAAAUGUACUUUGCACUCGAAAAGGAAAAUAAUGAAAAAAGUGGUUUGUUGAUGUCGAAAGAGAAGGUGUUAGGGUUAAAAGAGAAGGAUAUUGAUGAGCGGUGUCAAGUGUUAGAGGCGAAGGAGAAGGAAAUGUUAGAGGGUGUUAAAGCAAUGGAGUUGAAACAGAAGGAGAUUGAUGAGCGAAGUGGAUUGUUAGAGGGUAAAGAGAAGAAAAUGUUGGAGGAUGCAAAAGCGAUGGAGUUGGAACGAAAGCAAAUGGAUGAGCGGUUAAGACUGGUGGAGUUGAAUGAAAAGGAAAUUGAGGAGCGAUUCGUUGCAAUGCAGGCUAAAGGAGUCAUAGUAAGGGAUGAUAGUCAAAUUAAUGAGUCCAACAAGGGACUAGACGCGAAAGAGAUUAAGCUCGAUGAUCAAUUAGACGGGUUAUUGGAAGAGCAACCAGAUGAGCAUCGCGUACUUUCUGAUUGUCAAGCACAAGAGUUCGAAGAGAAGCAUAGUGAAAGUAGCAGUUUGAAAAACGUGAGGCAGGAAUUACCUGAUUCUGAAAACCAACAAGAAGUAACAUGUUCAAAAGAUACCUCCUUAUCAAAUAUUGUUAGCCAUCGAACUCAUUCAUACUACAGUGAUCCAUUAUUUGCGAAAUUUUAUUCAAUGGAUCAUAUGAAAGAGAAUGGUGUAUCACCUGAGGAGAUAUUGGAUGCUCUUAGAUGUUCUCCUGAUCCCGGAAAGCUUGUUUUUGGAAUCACUCGACUGUUUCAUCGAAAUUUCUCAGAUAAGGAUACGACCACAAUUUAUAAAGAUAGUUGCAUUUUGCUGUCAGAGCAGUUAAUGAAGCUAUCUCCUCCAAUUAUGGAUAAUGUCAAAGAGGAAGCAAGGGAUUUAGCUAUUACUCUUAAGGCCGCCAAGGGCAGAACACCAACAGAUAAUUUCGGGUUUUUGCAGUUUAUAGCUGCGUUCAAGUUAGCAGAUUGUUUUGAUGCAGAUGAUCUUUUAUCCAUGUUUGGUUCAUUGUAUGGUGGACCUAAGGUUUAUCGGCAUGAGCAGCAAGCGGUUUUAUGCAGUGCAUUGGGGCUUUCGGAUAAGAUUCCAGGAUUAAUCCAUUCUUAUAUUGAAAGAAAUAAGUUGCUUACAGCAGUCAAGUGCAUCUGUGUUUUUAAGCUGGAACAUCUAUAUUCGCCAGUGCCUCUACUGGAAUGUUACUUGGACCUGUCUCGUAAAAGAGUGAAUCAGAAACGGAAAGAGGGAGCUUUUAGAUUUGAGUAUGAAGCUGAAAACAUGGAAUUAGCCAUUCUUAGAGAUGUUACUAGCUGCAUUGCCACUUUUAAGCUUGAGUCGAAAUUUCCACCUGAUUCCCUUUUAUUGCGCAUUAAACAAGUGUACAAGAAGAGAAAAUUUAGGAAGGUUGCUUCGAAAAAUCAGAAUAAUAAACGCAGUCCAAGCUCCUGUGAUUCUGUGGAUAGGAUCCCUCAUAAGAGCCUCCUCUGUAAUCGUCACAUCAUUGAUAAUUCUAAUUGCCCUCGUUGCAUCUCUAAUGUUGAGGAUCCUAUCCAUACCCUUAGGGAUUGCCCUCUCUCAACAGCCGUUUGGGACUUGACUCAAGCAAUGGAUAAUGAUCUUUUGCAAGCUAGAAAUAAGCUCGUCUUCCAAAAUGAACCAUUUCCUUCCCCUCAAACCAUUUUAUAUCUUGCCACCUCACAAGCUCGGGAAUUUAGGCUAGCUAAAGGUGUUGAUACCUCUACUCCAAUCCAGUCUAUCCAUGUCGAUCCUAUACACUCUCCCCAUUUUCAUAUGCUCCAUGUUGAUGCCUCUUUUGUCAAAGUUGGUGAACCAGCAGCUGUUGCAGGUAGGGGUGCUAAACCUUCGAGCUGA